GUGCAGCUUUCUUUCUUUUGCGACUUCUAGAUAUAUCAUCACCAAGAGAACUAUAUGUUCACGGCAGGCAUUCUAGAGUUUGGUGCGUUAGAUGAUUUGUAAUAGCUAUAUUAUGCUUGAUCAGUGCCACUAUGGGCUUCUGUUUGAUGGAAUGGCGAGGGCUGUGGCUUCUUUGUGUUCUACUGACUAUUACCGUAACGAACAAAAUUAGAGCCAUCAGUCCUGAUGGUCAGGCACUUCUAAGUUUCAGGACAGCAGUGGUUAGUUCAGAUGGAGUUCUUCUUCAUUGGAGACCUGAAGAUCCGGACCCAUGCAAUUGGAAGGGUGUGAAAUGUGAUCCAAAAACAAAGAGAGUAAUAUACUUGAGUAUUCCUUAUCACAAAUUGAGUGGAUCUCUAUCUCCUGAUCUUGGGAAGCUCGAUCAAUUGAAGAUUUUAGCUCUACAUAACAACAACUUCUAUGGUGCAAUUCCUUCAGAGUUGGGAAAUUGCUCACAAUUACAGCGAAUAUACUUGCAGGGUAAUUACUUGAGUGGAUCCAUUCCCAGUGAAUUGGGAGAGCUUCCGGAGCUUGAAACUUUGGAUAUUUCAAGCAACUCUCUGAGUGGAUAUAUCCCUCGGUUACUUGGGAAGUUGGAUAAGCUUAUUUAUUUCAAUGUGUCAACUAAUUUUCUAAUUGGAUCGAUACCCUUGGAUGGUGUGCUAAUCAACUUUACAGAAAGCUCCUUUGUUGGAAAUCGUGGUUUGUGUGGUAAGCAAGUCAAUGUGACUUGCAAAGAUGAUGGAGGGCCCGGAACAAAUUCUCAUUCUUCAACUUCAGCACAAAGUCAGGGUGCAAGAAAGAAGUAUUCUGGGCGGCUGCUUAUUAGUGCAUCUGCAACAGUGGGUGCACUACUCCUUGUUGCACUUAUGUGUUUCUGGGGUUGCUUUCUGUACAAGAAGUUUGGUAAAAAUGACGGAAAAUGUCUUGCAAUGGAUGUCAGUGGAGGUGCAUCAAUAGUAAUGUUUCAUGGAGACUUGCCAUACUCUUCAAAAGACGUCAUAAAGAAAUUGGAGACUUUGAAUGAGGAGCACAUCAUAGGUUGUGGGGGCUUUGGAACAGUUUAUAAGCUUGCAAUGGAUGACGGCAAUAUAUUUGCGUUGAAAAGAAUUGUAAAAAUGAAUGAUGGCUUUGAUCGUUUUUUCGAGAGAGAGCUAGAAAUUCUUGGCAGUAUAAAACACCGGUACCUAGUGAAUUUGCGAGGUUAUUGCAAUUCUCCUACAUCAAAAUUGUUGAUUUAUGAUUUCCUUCCUGGUGGUAGCCUUGAUGAAGCUCUUCAUGAAAGAUCUGAGCAGCUUGACUGGGAUGCACGAUUGAAUAUCAUUUUGGGAGCGGCGAAAGGCCUAGCAUACUUGCACCAUGAUUGUUCACCCAGGAUUAUACAUCGAGAUAUAAAGUCAAGCAAUAUUUUGCUUGAUGGCAAUCUCGAGGCUCGAGUAUCUGAUUUUGGACUUGCCAAACUAUUGGAGGAUGAAGAGUCCCAUAUAACAACUAUAGUUGCUGGAACAUUUGGUUAUCUGGCUCCAGAAUAUAUGCAAAGUGGUAGGGCAAAAGAAAAGACUGAUGUCUAUAGUUUUGGGGUCCUGGUGCUUGAAGUGUUGAGUGGAAAGCGACCAACGGAUGCAUCAUUUAUUGAAAAGGGUCUGAACAUUGUUGGCUGGUUGAAUUUUCUGGUCACAGAGAAUAGGCAAAGAGAGAUUGUUGACCCACAUUGUGAGGGGAUGCAGACAGAAAGCCUUGAUGCAUUGCUUUCAAUCGCCAUCCAGUGUGUUUCUUCUAGUCCAGAGGAUAGACCCACAAUGCACAGGGUGGUCCAGUUGCUUGAAUCAGAGGUCAUGACCCCAUGCCCAAGUGACUUCUACGAUUCUAACCCUGAAUGAAAGCCUUGUGCAAAUAUAGAGGUCAGAAGUAAACCAGCAGUUGAAAGGGCGUAAAAUCUGCAAAGCUUCAUUUGGCCAUUAUAUUAGUCCAUUAUUUGUGCAGAUUUUGAUGAUUAGAAGGUAUGCUGCAGCGUUUGUGUUCUGUUUGACCUCUGUCUGAGCAUAUUUUUAGUCAUCAAUGGAAAUCAGGGUGCAUUGGGCUUCUUACACUGUCCUGGUUUUGCAUAAUUGCGUUCUUGACUUUUCUUCAUUAGAAUGGAUUUCAUCAUGAUUUAUCUAUUCCCACCCCCACCCCCCCAGCCCUCUUUUCCCCUUUUCUAUUUUGUAACCUUACCAUUUGUUAUUCUAAAUUAAGUGUAAAUGACAUUUGUAUAAAUUAAAAUUGUUUUUACUUUGCAAA